GCUGCUGUAUCCCAUUACCCACUCCGCUGUUCUUGUAGGUCAAAUCGUAGGACUUUAUGCUCCUGGUACAAACCAAUUUUCACCGUACAGAGUGGCGUUCGGAGAUGAACAACAUACAGAAAAUGUGACGGAUUACUUGCCUUACUGUCUUGUUGCUCACGGAAUGGGACCAUUUAUUCGCCUCGAGACGACUGAUGCCAGUUUGGUUUUGGGUGUGGUCGGUAGCUUCACAAGCCUAACGGGAAUGACUUUGAACACCACAGAACAUCCCAUAUUUGACACCUCAUACACUGGAGUGUACCAUUGCAGAACCGCUGAUAGUACCUCGGUACAGCUCUAUCACUUGGACAUUAUAGGUCCAAUAUCUCGCUCACAGUCUUCCCCUACGUCACUACAACUGAACAAUAGUAAUGCCACCUACAAGAUACCUUGUAUUUCAAAUGGAAGCCACUCCCUCAACGGAUCAUGGACAUCAACAUUGCCUCUUCAUUUCCAUCUUAGUUCGACGACAUAUAUUAUAAAUAUGGAGAAUAUGUUCAAAUCCGUUUUCAGUUUUCAAGGGGAUGAUCCAAACAUUGCUGCUAAUCGAAAUGAUCCAUCAAGUUUUUACUUCAAUGUAACAUGCACCACUUGGUAUACUAGAUCUUUCGAUUGCAAUGGAACUGGAUCCUCUCCUCCCCGUCCUCAAAGUGUUGUUGACAGAUGUACAAAAGCGACUCAGCCAUUAUCAACCACUACGACUAUAAACGUUCCAGCCACCCACUGUGCCCCAUUGGACACGCUCAUUUCCGAUGUCUUCAUCACGCCAUCAACACCUAACACAAAAGGCACCAGAGUGAUGGUGCCCUGCGAUCAGAUUUACUGUCCCAGGAAUGUAAAGCAUCAGUUCACUUGCCUACCAAACGGAUUUUGGACAAUUCGUGCUCAGUUUACGCAUUGCGAGAAGAUCAACAGCACAACAAUCCAAGCCAUUCCUAGAAGUACUAUUGGCACUAGCGUAACUGCUGCGUGCAGAGAUGGCCAUGCCAGUAUUAAUGGACCAGAAACGGUACAAUGUUUGACAGAAGGAAUCUGGAGUACGUUGCCAACAUGUUCAGCGACUCACUGUGAGGCCAUUGAAGGGUCCACGAUAAGCGACAUUGACGGAAUAGCCAUUGGAGAGUCUGUCACCGUGAAGUGUCGGAGUGGAUAUGAUAACAUGGUUGGGUCAAGCACUAUCCAGUGUAUGGCCGACGGAAAUUGGAGUUCGAUACCGUCGUGCUUCGACAUCAAUGAAUGUUUAAUGGAAGAGACAUUGUGUUCUGACAACUGUACUAACCUUACACCUGGAUUCAUGUGCACGUGUUCAAAUGGAACUGUUGGUUGCUUUGGACAAAAAAUGGCACAGACCAUUAUUCCUUCGUCGUCAAUAACAACGGAAAUGCUGAUUGGGAUGUUGGUUGCAAGCUUGGUACUAGGCGCCCUGAUUACAGCCCUAUUCGCGAGAAUUGUGCAUAUCCGCUGCACAAACAAAAUCGACUCUAACAAGUCCAAUGACAAUUUGCAGGGCAGCUCUCCGGCCAUGCCGAAUAAGGUUUUCACUGACGAGCAGGCAGCCGAGACGGCAAUGACAAGCAGCGACGCGUACGGAGUCGCUGUCAGCACCGACGAACAUAACUAUGAUUAUGUGAGGCCUUGAAUGAGGCAUGGUGCAAAUAGUUGUGAGUUUCGCUUGUUACGUGUUCACAAAUAUUCCCUUUCCGGGUCGUGAACGCGACGUGUAACAUGCCUCAAUACAUGAAUGUUUCCCCAUUUUCUGGCACAAUUCCGGACGUUUUAUGCACCAUGCAUCAAGUUUUCCGGUUUUACCACCAGUUCCCGCAUUUUAUGUCAGUUGUAAUCUCUCCAGCACCAUCGAUCACUUCAAGCUACCCCUCUUCUCUUUUACUUAUUAAACCUUGGUAGUUAAUGACCAAACGAUUGUCAGAUUCCGCUCAAAACCCUUCUAUAAUUUGCACGAAGCACAUCUGGAAAAUUCCGUGAAUUAUAUUUCUUUUCUUUAUACUUCAAUUUCAGGUAAUCGGGUUAGGUACCACAAGUUGUACCAUGAUCUAUUAUUGAGGGUACCCCGCAAGUGCUAUUCCUCACGGAUCGAGCUGAGGACAGUUCAUGUAUUGCAAAUUUUGCAGUUGGAAAUUAGGCGAUUUGCAUUGACCGUUUCAUUAAAUAUUCAAUUUCGUUAAUCACUCUUUUCGUAUUUCGAAUUAAACUUCGGACCUUUCACUCCACGAUUCUAGUUUUUCUAGCUCAUGCAUACUCUUUUUCAUGAGUGAGUAUGGCUGUGACUGCAUACCCAGCCACCGGAAAUAAUAUUCUGGUCUUUAUUCACUCCUGUACCGAUCCCAAAAAAACAUGCAUACCCGUGAUAUCGAAAAUGUUCCAUUUCUCAUGAUGC